AGGAUAAUGCAUCAAAUUUAAUUGGUGACUUCAGUCAAUCAUUUAUAUUGCCUUUGUUAUCACUUGGUCGUCAUGCAGAUCUCCGUAGCAUAUCUCCUGAUACAUUAGCYCRUUUAUUGGAAGGCUCAUUCAAUGAUUGUAUCGACUCCUAUCUUAUAAUAGAUUGCAGAUAUCCAUAUGAGUAUGAAGGUGGUCAUAUUAGAGGUGCAAUCAAUAUAUAUACUAAAGAGCAACUACUUAAAGAUUUUACUGAAAAUAAGCUGGGUAAAAAAUCUCAAGAAACUGAUAAAGUUAAUGCUAAGAGAAAUGUGUUAAUAUUUCACUGUGAAUUCUCAUCAGAAAGAGGUCCAAGUCUGUCACGGUACUUACGUAAUGCAGAUAGGCAAAAAAACAGUAUGUGUUAUCCUUACUUGGACUAUCCAGAAAUGUAUUUGCUUGAUGGKGGAUACUGUAAAUUUUACAGUCAACACAGUAAUUUGUGUGUGCCGUCUAGCUAUCGGUCAAUGUAUGAUCCUGCCCACACCUCAGAACUAAGAAAGUUUAGGUCCAAAUCAAAAACCUGGGCUUGUCACAAUGAUGCAGCRCCACGAUUAGCUGGCAAAAAUACGUUCAAGCGAUUGGGUUUUAAUUAAUCACUUUUUUUUGUAUUCUUUCAUGUAAAUAAGUGUUGAGAUUUUUUUUUUAUUUGAUUUUUUUUCGUAUUUUAUUUUUAUUCUUUUUAACAAUUUAACCAAUUUUUUUCUGUUUUAAAACUGAUAUGUUGAAGUAUUAAAUUAGAUCCCAGUGCAAUUUUGUAUAACUUUGUGAUGCUAUAUUAUAGUAAAAGCACUGUUAUAGCUAAGUUUCCAAAAAAAAA